CGAGACGGGCUGAGCAAGGCGACGACUUGGCAUCGUACACGCAAUCUAAGUGUCUACAACAUCAUUUCGAGCAGAAAGGCGUGGCAAGCUGCCUUGCUAUCACACGAGACGGCAAGGGCGGACUCUCAGCGCUUCUGGGCCUCCCACGCAUCUUGGUUUUGUUCAGCAUCGCCGCGACCAAUCACUCUCGUUUCGUGGUGCAUGUACGAACCCCAUUCAAGUUGAAGUCCGACAAAGCCCACGUACUUCGCGGUUCAGCUUUCUACGCGAUGCACGGCCCUGGCUCAUCGCGCUCCACUGCGCACUCAACUCCCAAUGACUCUAUCAAUCCGUCGCCAAGCAUCUCUCCAGCGCCCGACACCCAUCGCAUGGUGACCGACACGGCCACAGAAGGCAGCAGCAGCAGAAUUAGCCGUGCCAGUAGCAGCAGCAGCAGCAGUAUCGUACCCAGCACUAUGCAGGAUAUCGGCCAUCAGGCAGGUGAGAGCUCAGGGAGCGGGACCAGCCAACUUCGGCCCAGGCCACCUGCCUCUCCCUCGACCACAUCACAAAGCGCUGACGAUGACGACGACGAGGGCGACUUGGAUGAUGAUGAUGAUGACGAUGGAUAUGCCGGCAUCGCAUCUCGUUUUGCAGCAGCAGCAGCCGCCGCAGCGGCCACAUCCAGGCGCAACACGAUACGUGGGUCAACUGGCGCUCCGUUUGCGCUCACUGCGCCUCACGCAAUGCAAGCUCGAGGAGACGCAGGUGCCCGAAUGGGCAGCACAGGGCCAGACAAUUCAAUGGCGAGCACAUCCAUGGAGAUGGAAGACGACGAUUCUGACAUGUCCAUCGUACCAGCCAGGACGCCCAACCUUGCACAGGCAGAGCUACCGAGACCUCGCUCUUUGGCACCACAGAGUCCGACUGUCUCUCAGGACUCUUGGCUUGUAGCGCCUCCGGCAGCAGCACCCGCUCAACCCGCUCCCACCGCUUCAUUCUUGCCGCACGAGAUUCUCCUUCACGUCUUUCGCUUCGUAGCUGCUCGACCAAUGGACCUCCGCAGUUGUCUGGCUGUCUGCAAGACUUGGACGCUAUGUGGAGUGGAGCUCUUGUGGCAUCGGCCUGCCUUUAAGAAUCUUGAAGGCUUCCAAAAGUUUGCAAAGGUUCUGGCCUCCCCAACUGCUACCUUCGAGUAUGCCUCCUUUGUGCGCCGCAUCAACUUCGUCGCCAUUGCGGGGCAUCUGACAGACGAUACCUUUCGUAGCAUAGCGGCUUGCACACGAGUGGAACGCCUUACGCUUAGCGAUUGCAAGCACUUGUCCAACAAGGUCCUCGAGGAGGUGUUGACACAUACGAAGAACAUAGUCGCCAUCGAUUUGACCGGGGUCACUGGGCUCGAAGAUGGGGCUCUCAAAAUUCUCGCGGCUACUUGCCCGCGCCUACAAGGGAUCAAUCUGAGCGGCUGCCAGCAAUUGUCAUCUGAAGCUGUCGCAAAUCUCGCGAGAGCUGCGCCGCUGCUCCGAAGAGUCAAAUUGUGCGAAUGCGUAGGCGUCGGCGAUGAGGCGCUGAUUGCUCUAGCGCAGAAUUGCAGUGUGUUGCUAGAGGUGGACUUGGUGGGAUGCUCCAAGCUCAGUGACCUAUCUGCCCGUCAGAUUUGGAGUCGAGCCUUCCACCUGCGCGAGCUUCGCAUGGCUCAGUGCAUCAACUUGACGGACCUUGCUUUCCCAGCGCCUGCAUCACACCUCAGCAAAGCUCAAGCUGCAGCUGCGCGACACCAUCGGAGUCACGGCGUGGGUGGCAUCGAGUCGGCACCGGCUUCUCGAGGCGCUUCUCCCACAGGGAUUCGUAGCACCGGCCAGAAUGGCAGCGAUGGAAGCACUGCGCCGCCAAACGGUCACGACUCUAUCGGUCUGCCGCGGACAGCGACCAUGCCUGACCAUCAAGCCCCACUCACGUCUUUGGCUCCUCCCAGGAUCUUCGAACAGCUUCGCAUUCUGGACCUGACCAAUUGCAAUGCCAUCUCUGACGCCGCGGUGGAAGGCAUCAUCACGCAUGCGCCGAGGAUCCGCAAUCUAAUCCUUGCAAAAUGCACGCGUUUGACGGAUACUUGCAUCUAUAGCAUUUCGCAACUUGGCCGCAACCUUCAUCUUCUGCACCUGGGUCAUGUCAGCAACAUUACGGACCGAGCGGUGAUUCAUCUCGCAAAGACAUGUACACGCUUGCGCUACAUCGAUCUUGCUUGUUGCCCGCAGCUCACUGAUGAGUCCAUCAUCGAGAUGGCCAGCAGUCUUCCCAAGCUGCGCCGCAUCGGUCUCGUUAGGGUUACGAACCUUACAGAUCAGGCUAUCUACCAGCUUGUUGACAGGUACACCAGCCUCGAAAGGGUGCACCUCAGCUACUGCGAGAAUAUCAGUGUACCUGCCAUCUUCUACCUUCUCCAGAGGCUUGGCGGCCUGACGCAUCUCAGCCUGACAGGAGUUCCUGCCUUCCGGAAGCCCGAGCUGCAAGCUUAUUGCAGGUCACCGCCGAAGGAUUUCAAUGACCACCAACGCAGCGCAUUUUGCGUCUAUAGCGGGCGCGGAGUCAACGAGCUGCGCCGGUACCUGUCUGGCGUCUAUCUUGAGAAGCCAGAGAGACAUGAUUUUGGCGAACUCACCCCUGAAGUGCAGAGGGCACUUGCGAGCCUGUCGGCUGCUCAACACCCCCUCUUACGCUCUUACGAAGCAGCAGGUUUUGCUGUGGACCAUGCAGCGAAUUUCCGCGCGCCUUGGCCACAGGGCUCUUUGCACGAACAAGGAGCUUCGUCGCAGGGCUCGCGCUUUGAGCUCGGACCGCCUUUACCAAGGGCGAUAGCACAAGAAUGGGGUGCACGCUUGGGCCGACCAGCUCGCGAUCCCGUGAAUGCAGACACUGCUACGACGCGUGGAGAAAGGCAUCAUUUCGACUAUCGCAACCAUCAACCUAGCUAUGCCAAUCAUGCGCACACAUCAUCGGUCCCUGGAAGCUUCUACUUCUCGGACCACGUUUACAAUCAGGAGAGAGGCCAAGCUUCGACUGCUGGGCAGCCUGCCGCGGGCGCUAGCAGUUCGACGCAGACGGAGUGGUCGCCGUGGAACCCGCGUGUGGACGCUGCGCAGCCUUCACCGGGCCAUUCGACAGCUGAGUAUGGAACCAACAGGACUCCGCGACAGCAGCAGCACCUUGCUGCGCUGGAGACACCACCGAUCGAGAUGAGGCCUGCGAACGAACCUGCUGAGUCGAGCGCCGCAAGCAGGGCACGAAACGGUCAGCCACAGCGCUCCGCGGAGCUGCAACAAGCCAUCGAUCGUCUGCGCGCCAUGAGCUCGCGGCCUCCAUGAUCCAGCUCGACUCAGAAGAUCGAGGCUGUGCAUUUUGAAAGCUUCUGAAGAUCCCGGCCCGAACUAUUAAACUCCCCUGAGCGAUACGCGUACAAGACUCCAGUCCUCCCGCCCUUCUCCGCCUCCUCUCCCUCAUCAGGUAUGUCACAAGUCACUAAGCAACCCUUCCACCUAUCACAAUGUGCGGCGCCGUGUGGUGUCCAUGUAUUUCCCAGAUUGAGCUUCUCAACAAGACGAUUUCAUCACGCACUUUCAUCAGCUUCAAUCCGCAUGCACGCUCUUUGCAAAAUGACG